GGAGGCUACAGGAGGCCGAGCCUCCCCGGGCUCCUGAGGUCAGCGGGGUCACGUUUCCAGCGUCACCUGGAGAGUGCAGUGCACACGUGUGCCUCCUGGGUGUCUUCAGGCCUUGUUCUCUCCCGCUGCGCGCGGGACUUGAAUGCACGUGGUGUGAGCUCACCUGUGUGAGUCUGUGCGUGUCUGAGCACCAGCCUGUGCUUGUGUGUUAAUUCGUGUAUCUGGGGGGGGGCAUCUUCGUGUGUGUUUGCAGGCAUGUGAGCCUGUGUGUCCGCGUGAGUGUUCCUCUGGACGUGCCCCGUGUCUGCACACGUGUCCCUGAGUCGGCUGCGGUGAAGAUGCAGAGGUAAGUCCUGGGGGACGGCCUGGGAUGCUGAGUCCUAGGGCGCCUGCUUGCUCAGUCCUCUCCUGAUUUGCCAGGUAUCCUAGCAACGCUGCUGCUCGUCGCCUAGCAACCAGGUCCCCAUCCUUGGAGAUGGAUGCUCCCAGCAGGGUCUGGGCUAUGGGGGUAGAGCCUGUGCAGGAAGAAUGACCCCAAGGUUUCGAGGCUGGUGACUUGGCUCAGGGGUCACCCUCAUGGCCUGUGAAGCACCCUCCCAGUGCUGGGAAGGAGGCAGCUCCGUGGGAGCUGUUGGGCUGCUUGGGUGCCAGGGAGGGUGGCCCAGGCUGUGAGGGAAUGAUGCUCAGAUGUUGCUCUGGGACCCAGGUGUGGCAGGGACGCCCUCAGUAUGUCUCAAAGGGGUGCACAGAUCUGGGUUCUAGCCCUGUCUCUGCCCCUUUGACGGGUGGCUGCACAGCGCUGAGGCUGGGUGCUCCUGUCACACGAAGGUGACGGGGUGGUGGGGAGGGAGCGCUCAGGCUCACGCUCACGCUCACGCUUAUGCUCACGGUGGGCAGGUGGAGCACACAGAGGCACCCAGGAGCACAGCACAGUGUAGGCACCUGCUUGGCUCUGAGCCCUGGGGCUGGCUGUCCCUGUGUCCCCCGCCCAUGGGACCGCGGGGGCCGGCUCCCCGGGGAGUGGAGUGCCAAGCCAGGCGGGUCUGCGUCCACCCGAGGUCCUGGUCUCUGCAUCUUGUGUGUGUCUCCCGAGUCUCCGCCCGCGUGUGUGGCAUCUCUGGCCCGGGUCUCGGUGGUGUCCUUGGGUGUCUGUCCCCUGACCCAGUCCCGCGUGCGUCCAUGUCCUGUGUCCGUGGGCCCGAGCCUGUCCCUGUCCUUCAGCUCCGUGUGCGCCCGGUGCUGUGGCCUGGCGGUGACACCCCCCUCGGCCGCAGCCCCUCCUGCUCCAGCGCAGUCUCCGCCCCCGCCCCCCACUGGCUGCGGGGCUGCUGCGUCUGCUCCUCGGCUCCAGAAGGAGCAGCUGCUCCAGCGGGCUGAGCUCCCCCUGCGCUCCCCCUGCGCUCCCCCGGCUCCCCCGGCUCCCCCAGCUCCCCCUCCGGCUUGGAUCCGGGCUCCCCUGCAGCCCCUCCAGCCCCAGAUCACCGGCCGGGAUCCCUGCGGCGCUGCCAGUGCUGAGGCUGCUCGGCUCCCACCCGUUGCAGUGGCCUUGCACACAAGGAGGUGGCAUGGAGUCCCUCUUCCCUGCCCCGUUCUGGGAGGUCCUCUACGGCAGCCACCUGCAGGGCAACCUGUCCCUCCUGAGCCCCAACCACAGCCUGCUGCCUCCCACCCUGCUGCUCAACGCCAGCCAUGGCGCCUUUCUGCCCCUUGGGCUCAAGGUCACCAUUGUGGGGCUCUACCUGGCCGUCUGCAUCGGGGGACUGCUGGGGAACUGCCUCGUCAUGUAUGUCAUCCUCAGACACACCAAGAUGAAGACAGCUACCAACAUCUACAUCUUUAACCUGGCCCUGGCGGACACUUUGGUGCUCCUGACAUUGCCCUUCCAGGGCACAGACGUCCUCUUGGGCUUCUGGCCAUUUGGGAACGCCCUGUGCAAGACGGUCAUUGCCAUCGACUACUACAACAUGUUCACCAGCACCUUCACGCUGACCGCCAUGAGCGUGGACCGCUACGUAGCCAUCUGCCACCCCAUCCGCGCUCUCGAUGUCCGGACGUCCAGCAAGGCCCAGGCUGUCAACGUGGCCAUCUGGGCCCUGGCGUCUGUCGUCGGCGUUCCGGUGGCCAUCAUGGGCUCUGCACAGGUCGAGGACGAAGAGAUCGAGUGUCUGGUGGAGAUCCCCACGCCCCAGGACUACUGGGGCCCCGUGUUCGCCAUCUGCAUCUUCCUCUUCUCCUUCAUCAUUCCCGUGCUCAUCAUCUCCGUCUGCUACAGCCUCAUGAUCCGGCGGCUGCGCGGCGUCCGCCUGCUGUCGGGCUCCCGGGAGAAGGACCGGAAUCUGCGGCGCAUCACGCGGCUGGUGCUGGUGGUGGUGGCCGUGUUCGUGGGCUGCUGGACGCCCGUCCAGGUCUUCGUGCUGGUCCAGGGGCUGGGCGUGCAGCCGGGCAGCGAGACUGCAGUGGCCGUCCUGCGCUUCUGCACCGCCCUCGGCUACGUCAACAGCUGCCUCAACCCCAUCCUCUACGCCUUCCUCGACGAGAAUUUCAAGGCCUGCUUCCGGAAGUUCUGCUGCGCCCCUGCCCUGCGCCGGGAGAUGCAGGUGUCUGACCGCGUGCGCAGCAUUGCCAAGGAUGUGGCCCUCGCCUGCAAGACCUCUGAGACGGUGCCGCGGCCCGCAUGACUAGGCGUGGACCUGCCCAUGGUGCCCGUCAGCCC